AUUUAAAACAAGGCUCCACGUAAAUAGGUUAUAUAUAAAUUACUUUAUUCACAAUAAUAUCAUCAACUAUACUUGGUAAUAUCAUAGGCUGACUGACCGUUUUCGCUCAGAAUCGUUUUUCUUAUACAAUAAUAUUAUAUCAUUGAAUUCAAAUUUAACACCAUCCAUUACAGUGACCCACUUGUAACCUACUGUACAGCAGAGCGACAUCUACUUAUCCACCUUUUUUUUUAUUGAUAUUCAUUUUUGUCACAUUAAAUUAUGAUUAUAUGUGGUCAUUCAUAUUAUAUUUGUUAAAAAAAAAUAUUUGUAUAGUAUAAUAUCUGUAUAUUUGUGAUAAGCAUAUAAAACAUAAAAGAAAAUUAAGACUAGGAAUAAGGACUGAAGGACGUACUCUGUUUACAAAAAUCGUCCAGAGGAAAACCACACGGUUAAACUGUCAUUGGUAGCGCCUAGGUCGUUUGCGUGGAAAUUGAUCUGUGCAUAUUGUAGAAAUUAAUUUUAUUACUAUAUUUUAGAUAAUUUUUUUUUAGUAAGUUAUUUUUUUUUUUGAAGUAACUAUUAAUUUUUUUAUCAAGACCUGUUACAAAUUUUUCUAGUGGUAAAAUUACAAAUGUAUGCAUAAUAUGUAUUAAACUAUUAACUAUCAAUUGAGAUUAUGCAUUAGUAAAAUGUAAAUAUAGGUACCGUUAUUCAUGUGCUGCUAUGAAUAUUUGCCUAUAAAUGCCAGAUAUUGUUACCUGUAUAAAUGCGGCGUUAUAAUUGUUGCGACAGGGUUAAAAUAAGUUAAAUUAUAAUAAUAUUACAGUCAAGGUAUAUUAUAUUGAUAGAUCUUUAAUCUUUACAUGGGUUGAAUACAUAAAUUUAUCUUCUAACUCCUUAUCAUUAAAAGAAUAUCGUAUUCAUGGUGUCAUAGUUUGUACUUUCGUAAUGUUUAUACUCACAUAUUUCUAUAAUAUAAUACUUAAAUAGUUAAAUAUAAGUCUGUGACCUGUGUUCAUACUACUUAUAUAAUUAUUUUUCUGUGGACUAUAUUGUGGACUAUGGAUUAUAAAGAGCAAGUACUAUAAAUUACAAACGUGACACCAUUAAUAAGAAUCGCUCACGAAGCCCAAUUAUUCUUUAUCAGUGGCGAAGCGUCAUAGGAGACAAUGAGACAACGUCUCCCCACUUAUAAAUUAGAUCACGGGACAAAUCAUUUUGUUUUAUAAAAUUAUUACAAAUUUGAACGUCAAAUUGUAUUAUAAAAUAUAAUAUUAUGAUGUAUGUUUUAAUAUUUGUUGAAAUCGGUUUUUCGCUGUACGCCUGUACAGUUAUAGAAUUCUUAAAAUAGAUCAGAAGCGCUCGAUAAGGACGUGCAUACGAGCUGGCAGUGGCGAUGCGGGUCAUUACAAAAUACAAAUAUGGUAUUAUAUCAAAGAGACGUUGCAACGCAUCGUCUCCCAAUUAUGGACGCGCGGGUACAGGGGGAAUUUUUAAUGUGAGUGGGGUUUACUAUCUACGCUAUGAGACGCGUCUCGCCGUUCGUAUUACCUCAGUCAUCAAUUAUCGACGUCGCCGUAUUAGUCAUUUUUUUCAUUUUUUUUUCAAUCAAAAACUCACGCCUCGCUACUGAUUCUUUAUGUACCUACCUACUGUGAUAGUGAGUUGUGUUGCCCACGAGUGUCGCGUAUAGUGUCGCGUAUUUAUGCUUUCAAGAAAGAAUAUUGUAUGACUUUCAGCGUCAUUAUUAUGCCUACAGCCUAGGUACUGCCUAUAGAUAUUAAAAAAUAUGAGAUAAAUUGUAAAAGUUACUGUUAUAAUAUUACAAAAAUAUACUCAGAAGUGUUGAUGUCAUUGUUAUAGUAUAUUUACAUUUAAAACGCUAAAACUAAAGUACAAUAUUUCAAAUAGGAAUAGAACCUAUCUAGGAAUCUCUGGAAUUUAAUCUAUUCUGUGAUAGAACUACAAUAUUCAGUUAUCAGCUACCUAUUUGCAAUUCAAUCAAAAAUAUAAUUUUGUUAAUUUAGUUAAAGCAUUAUUUAAAUUACAAAAUAAACAUAAGUUGUAUUCUGAUGUAAAACCAAUCGAUACAAUAACAGUACAGUGUCCUAUAAUGGAAAAGGAAUCACCUAAUGUCCCAAUCAUAGAGAAUGAUGACAGAGAGCAUUACAAAUUGAUUAGAGUCCAACCUGAAAUAACAAAUAAGAAGUUUAAACUGAUCGUAGUGGGUCACUCUAAUGUUGGGAAAACUACUAUAAUUAAUCAUUUCUGCAGUGGUGCAUUUCAAGAUACUAUACCAACCACAGGUAUUGACUUUCAAGAAAUAUUUGUCAGAUUUGGGAACGAAACCAUCCACUUAAAUAUUGGGGACACAGCUGGGUUAGAACAGUAUCGCUCUUUAGCUCAACAAUACUAUAGAGGAGCCCAUGGUAUUUUUAUUGUCUAUGAUAUUACAGAUUUAAAUUCUUCAUUUAAACUAGAUGGUUGGAUAAAGGAUGUUGAAAAUUUUUCUGAUAUAGAUGUAGUGAAAAUUUUGAUUGGUAAUAAAUGUGAUGAUAUAAUAAACAGAAAAAUUUCAAUCGAAGAAGGACAGGAAAUAGCAGAAGUGUAUGGAAUUCCAUUUUUUGAAGUGUCUUCCAAAAGCAAUGUAAACAUAGACAAAUUGCUCUAUACAAUGAUGUCUGACUGUAUUAAAAAAAAGCACUUCAAAUUGAUAAGAGUAAACCCUGAAACAGCUGAAACGACAAAUAAGAAGUAUAAACUGAUCAUGGUUGGUCACACAAAUGUUGGGAAAAGUACUAUAUUUCAUCGUCUCUGCAAAGGUGUAUAUAAAGAUACUAUACAAUCUACUAUAGGUAUUGACUUUAAAGAAAUAUUUGUCAGAUUUGAGAACGAAACCAUCACCUUAAAUAUUUGGGACACAGCUGGGUUAGAACAGUAUCGCUCUUUAGCUCAACAAUACUAUAGAGGAGCCCAUGGUAUUUUUAUUGUCUAUGAUAUUACAGAUUUAAAUUCUUCAUUUAAACUAGAUAGUUGGAUAAAGGAUGUUGAAAAUUAUUCUGAUUUAAAUGCAGUGAAAAUCUUGAUUGGUAGUAAGUGUGACGAUAAAUCAAACAGAGCGAUCUCAAUUAAAGAAGGACAGAAAAUAGCAGAACAGUUAAGAAUUCCAUUUUUUGAAGUGUCUUCCAAAACCAAUGUGAAUGUAGACAAAUUAUUUUAUACAAUGAUUUCAAAAAUACAUACACCGGAGCAAACAACAAGUGAAGACGUGAUAAAAUUGGUGAAGAGUAACAGCCCCUCACCUCCAAAAGAAUCUCUUGGAGGUUGUUUUUGUUAAUCUAAAGAAUUAUUUAUCUUGUUCAGAAAUAAGAUUUUCACAAAUAUUAAUUGAUUCAUGCUGUGAUUUGUUUUAUAUCUAUCAAGAAUCUACAUCAUACUCAAAUAGUUAACUAUGUACCUACUCUACUUAUAUCCAUGUACCCAAAUUAGUUAAACUCAUUCUACUUAAUUUAUAUUGUAUAUUGUGAUGAGUUAAUAAAAGUAAAAAACAUUAC